AUGAGCGUGCCUUCUUCGGAACAGCUCGACCAGGUCGGGAACGAGAUUCCCGCGGACCUUCGCGCGACGGCAGCUCCAACGCCCGAGGGGUCGGGGUCGGACCAAAUGAAAAGCCUUGAGUGGCCUGCGGCGAAAAAGACGGCAGGGGCCGCGCCGGGCGCCGCCGUGCACAAGGAGGGCGAAGCGCAGGCGUUCGAGGCCACGCUGACCGCUCACGGCGAUCCCCGCCACCACGGCGGGACGGUGUGCGACAUGCCGGCCGUCGGGGGCGCGGCGGUGCUGCGCAUGGAGCACAUUCAGGGCGUGGAGAUCAAGGGCCCGCCGCCGACGGUCUCGGACGUGCUCACGAUGACGCGCGCGUUCCGCGCCGCCGCGGACAACGGCGCGCACAAGGUCCACUCGCCCAUCACACACAGCUGGCUUCAGGCCAUGAUGGCGGGCGUGUUCAUCACGUUCGGCGCCGUGACAGCCAUGUUCAUCGGGGGCAACACCACCGGCAUCGCCGCGACAGACCCGGGCCUGUCGCAGAUGAUCUUCGGGAUCUUCGGCUUCCCGACGGGCCUCUUCGCGGUGGUCCUCACGGGCGCGGAGCUCUUCACUGGCAACUGCCUCGUUUGCACUGCGGCGUGGGCCGAGGGCCGCUGCACGACGCCAGAGUUCCUGCGCUCGCUGACCGUGUCGUGGUUCGGCAACCUGAGCGGCGCGCUGCUCUGCGUGGGCAUCUUCAAGGGCGCCAGGUUCGCGGAGGAGGCCGAUCGGCUGCACGCCUUCAUGGUCAACGUCGCGCACAUCAAAACGUCGAUGAACUGGGGGCAGUGCUUCCUUCGCGGCGUCCUAGCGAACUUCCUGGUCGACCUUGCGGUCCUGCAGGCCGCCAUCAGCACGACCUUCGUCGGGAAGUUCCUCGGCAUCUUCCUGGCCGUCUCGAUGUUCGCGUCGCUGGCACUGGAGCACGUGGUGGCGAACAUGAGCAUGGUGCCGCUGGGGAUGAUCCACGGCGCGGACGUGAGCGUCUGGAAGUUCAUCUACGCCAACCUGAUCCCCGUGACGCUCGGCAACUACGUUGGGGGGGGAGUCAUGAUCGGGAUGGUGUACGCGGUGCUGUUUGGGAAGUGGUCCGAGAAGUUCUCGAACGCGGUGCGCUGGCCGAAGCGCGCCUUCGACGGCGAGCACCACUAG